AUGGAAGUAGAGCCACUCGCCGCUGACUGCGAGGCCGACUCCCACUCUACAUCCUCUUCCUCCAACUGCUCGUCCUUUUCGUCCUCGUUCAACUCGUCUAGCCCCAAUACCUCCCCCGUCUCCAAGGAGUCCUCGGCAGCGGAAGACUCUAAUCCGCUGGCUACCGGCGGGAGCGAGAGCAGGAAGAAGUGCAGGGACGAGAAGCACCCGAUUUACCGGGGUGUGCGCAUGCGCAAGUGGGGGAAAUGGGUGUCCGAGAUUCGAGAGCCGAGGAAGAAGUCUCGGAUUUGGCUCGGGACCUUCGCCACCGCUGAGAUGGCGGCGCGAGCGCACGAUGUGGCGGCGCUGACAAUCAAGGGCCAGUCAGCCUGCCUCAAUUUCCCCGAGCUGGCCGCGGUGCUCCCCCGCCCCGCCACGGUCUCCCCCAAGGACAUCCAAGCCGCCGCCAUCAAGGCGGCAACGGCCACGUUCGACGCCCAACGGGGACCGGCGGCGGACGAGUCCAGUCGAGAAGAGUCGCCAAGAUCACGGAGUUCCUGCUUGCCGCCUCCCUCGACGCCUUCUUCGAGAGAUAGCGACAGCGCUCUCUUCGACUUGCCGGAUCUGUUUUUCGGCCUUGGCAGCGACGGGUUUUCUUAUUCCUCUUUGUGGAUUCCAUCGGCAGGAGAGUUGGGAGUAGAAGACGACUACGACGGUGGAUUCCGACUUGAUGAACCCCUCUUGUGGUAG